AUGGCUUCGAUCAUGGCAGACGGCGAGAAGGAAAUCCAGCGGCUACUCCGGACUCCACCAACCGACAAUCCAACCAUUUCCUACUUGAGUCCCCGCGCCGAGUUUUUCUUGAAAACUUCCUUGCUGCUUGCCCCCGGCAGAUUAGACUCGCAAGGCCGGCCGUGGUCGACACUAUGGGGCGGCUCAGAGGGUUUCGCGAAGCCUAUAGCCGACUCUCUGGUUAGGCUCCAGACACAAGUGGACCGCCACUACGAUUCGGUAGUGCAGGCAUUACUUGGGAGUGUGGCCAACCAUGACGCUCCGCAGACUCAGUCGCAAGAGACAGGGAAGAUGGUGUCUGGAUUAGCAGUUGACCUGGAGAAUCGGCGGCGCGUGAAGCUCUUUGGGAGGAUGGCGACAGGAUCGCUGUCUGGUAGGGACCUAGGAAAAAAAGCACAGCUGGUGAUAAAAAUUGAGGAGAUUCUUGGAACCUGCCCGAAGUACUUGAACAAGAAGCAUAUCGUUCUUGCGGUUCCCAUGCCCAGGCUAGUGGCCGACUCACCCCAACUGAGCCCUGCCGCGGUGGAGCUACUGUCCCGUGCAGAUACGAUAUUUGUGUCUUCAUCAAAGGGGGCGAGUACUAUGGACACAAAUAUCCGUGGUGGCCCGCCUGGCUUUGUCCGCGUUGCGUCUAAUGAUGCCGAUGACGUUGUUAUUCUCUACCCCGAAUAUUCAGGAAACCGACUCUACCAAACCCUGGGCAAUGUCCAGACCACACCGCGUGCCGGAUACGUGGUUCCGGAUUUCACCACUGGCAAUGUCCUGUAUGCUACAGGGCAUGUGGAGAUUCUGGUCGGCAAGGACGCUUCCGCUGUUCUUCCUCGAUCCAACGUCGUGAUUCGAGUCACUCUCGCCGCGGCAAUCUUCGUGGAAAAUGGACUCGUUUUUCGCGGUGAGCCCGGGGAUCCAUCGCCGUAUAAUCCGAGUACAUUCCCUGAUACGCAGGACAACGCUGGGGAGACCGUGACACUGAUCAAGAAGGAAGAAAUCAUGCCGGUAAUCUACCGGUUCCGUUGUCGCGUCUCCAGUCCCAAACCAGUCUCGUGGAUCCCGGGGCAAUAUGCCACCAUGUCCUUUCAAGAAGUAAUGGAUAUGGGCUAUAGCCACAUGCGAGAUGAUGACCCGGGCAGUCUGAACGAUGACUAUGUGCGGACCUUUAAUGCAAGCUCAGCCAACAACUCUCGGAAAUGUCGCUUAAAGGAAUCAAUUCGUCGUUUGACGAGAUCCUCAUUGGCGUUGUCAUGGAAUGUAGAUUCUUCCAAGUGA